UAGGGAAAAUGACGAACGCUGUUCUGUGCGAAAUAGAUUGGGACAAUGGCUUCGCCAUACCUGUGGCAAACGUCGAAAACAAGGCUUUGGAGGAUGAAGUGCAAAAGAAGCAGAAAGAAAAAGCUAACCUUGAAAAUCAGCUGACAAAUUUUGAGGAUCGUAUCCAGGCAAUGACAAUGCAUCUGCAGAAUGUUCGUAGGGAGUUAACCAAUACGCAGUCUUUAAAAAGAGCCCGAGAAAAGGAACUUGAAACUGAACAGCAUUUCAAGACAAUUGCAGAGCAUGAAAUACAACGUCUCAAGCAAGAGAUUCAACGGCUUGAAAAUGACUUGAUUUUAUUGAGAGAGAGAAAAAAUAUUAUGGAGAAUAAUAUAUAUAGGUAUACUCAAAAAAUUGGGGAUUUGAAGUGUCAGUUGAACUGGGAUAAGCGAGCUUUGGAGGCCUGGCUUGAAGAAUCAACCAAAACAGAUGAAGAUACAAUUACCAUCCAGAAGUAUGCCAAAGAAGAUGAAGGAAAGAUCAGGGAAAUAACAGUACAAAUGGAGAGGAUGACCAAUGACGCAAAUAAAAAGCGGAAGCUGCUUGACAAUGAAAUGACUGAAACAAUUGCUGCUCAGAUGGAACUAGACAAGAUAGCACACGAUUUUCGCAGAUCCCACAGUGAAAGGCAAGAACUAAUCAGACAAUGGCAGAACAUAAUUGAACAGAUGAACAAAAGAGAUCAAGAUAUGGACAAGUGUGCAUUGUUACUGGCAGAAGUAAAACAGGAAAUACGAGAAAAAGAAGCAGCCAUGAAUGAGAAGAUACAGUUUCUUAAGAAUGAGAGUGAAAACAAUGAAGAAUUUGAAAAAAAAAUUUCCAUAAGCGAACGUCAAGCAGCUAAGCUUCGAUUAGAAUAUCAAAUGCAUGAAACGAACCGUAUUCAACUACAAAGUGAGCUUGACACCUUAAAAAGCAGAGUGGAUAGAACUGCAACUGAUCUGGAAACUGUCAGAAGUCAAAUAACAAAUUUGAAACAGGAAAGCAUAGAAAAAUCCAACAAACUAAUGAAAGCGAAAGAGGAAAGCAAAGCUCUUGAGGACAAACUCAAAGCUGUGACUGAAAAAGUGGUGAGUACCGAGGAACAGGUGGCUAGAAUGGAGAAAGAACUGAAAAAUGAAGAAAAAGUAGUAAAGGAACUGGAUGAUCAAAUGAAGUAUCUAAAAGACAAGAAGUUUAAGAAGACUGAAGAGCUUUAUUCCAUUAAUGAGGAAGUCAAAACAGCUACAAACCAAACAUCAGGAAAUAAGGCAACACUCCGCAGUCUCAAUAGCAGAAUUGACAAACUUGACCACGAAGGUAUUAGACAGCAGGAAGUCAUCUAUAACCAGGAUUUUCAGAUCCAGCAGCUAGAACAAAGGCUGGCCAAGUUAGAAGGAAAUGUGAGCCAUAAUGAAAAAGAGAUUUUGGGAGAUAAGGUGGAAGAACUCACAAAGACUUUAGAAGAGAAGAAGAGCACAGUGAACCUAUUGAAUUCACAACUUAAGAAACUCCAGAAUGAUAUUCAACAUUUGAGGAGAUACCUGGACAAGUGCAGAGAGGAGAAGAUUGAUCUGACCAGUAAAAUAGAAGACAUCCAUCUUCACAUUGAUAAUGGAGAAAAAGAAUUAAAAAAGAACAAACUUGCUGAACAAGAUUUAAUGAUUGACGAUAACCUUCUAAAGUUGGAAGUUAAGCGCCUACGGGACAUGCUUCACAGUAAAGCUGAUGAUGUGCUAUGUCUGGAGAAACGAAAGUUGCAGCUUGAGACAGCAAUGAAAGAAAGAACUGAAGAAAUCAAAAUUCACAUGGAUAUAUUGCAAAUGCAGAUCAAGCACAUUGAACAGGAACAGCAAGGUAUUAGUGUCGAACUACAUGAAAGGUUUUCAAAAAUUGACAAAAUGAAGAAGAGGUAUGAACUUCUGAUAUUUACAAUGGAGCCUCCUGAGGGUGAAGAGGAACGAUCUCAGGCUUAUUAUGUAAUUAAGGCAGCCCAAGAGAAAGAGGAGCUUCAGAGACAGGGAGAUGAGCUUGAUGCUAAAAUUUCCAAAGGUGAAAAAGAAUUAAGAGCCCUCGAGAAUACAUUGCAGCUCCUCCACAAUCAAAACACAUCAUACCGAAAAUCUUUCAGCAAGGUUACAGAAACAAGUGAAGAGUACGAGGAUAAAUUAAAGUUGGAAGAACAGAAACGGGCCAUUGAUGAAAAAUAUAGAUACAAACGCAGGCAGAUUCGAGAACUCCAGGAAGACAUUCAGUGUAUGACAAACACCUUAGACAACUUGCUAAAGGAAGAAUCAACACUGCAGAUAACUUCUCAAGAAAAACAAGAUAAAACUGUUUAUCUCAUAAAAGAACUGGAUGAUCAGAAAGUCAAACUGGAAAGGGUGACCAAACACUGCUCCAAAGUGGUUAAAGAUGUACGUUCCACUAAACAAAGUGUUGGAGAAACUCCAGAGGAGCAAGACAUUGAUCUUCGUGAACUACGAGAUUUUAACAGGUUAUUGAACAAGUUAUUAGCAGAAGCAAUGGAUGAUUGUCCAAGUUUGGCUGCAGAUCUUCAACUUUAUUUUAACCAGGCUGGCUUGCCUUUACCAACUGCUCCAACACCACCACGUAGUCAUCGUAGUUCAAGAUCACCGUCAGUUCACAGCUCUGCAUCAUCUGUGAGAUCUGUUUCAUCAUCUCGAAAUAGUACAAAUGGACAAACCCGUGUGACUCCUAUAAAUCUAGCUCUGGAUCUAACAGCAUCGUCGCCAUCUACAACAUCACGGGGAAGCCAGAAGAGCCAAUAAAUUUUUCAAAGCAACAAGUUAUGAUACACCAAGAUACUUGAUAAUUUAAAGAAAAAAAUUAAUAGAACAUAAAUUUUAGAACUGCAUAUUCAGAGUUCCACUACAAGACAGGAUAUGAGAAAAAAAAUUAGCAGGCAGUGUAAGUAGCAAUAUAUGUAAUAAUUUCAUAAAACUAAGAACAGAUAAAUGCAACUUUAAACUGAUUUUGAACUCCACUCAGGAUCAGUCAAGUCUUUUAUUUAAAGGGACCAAUUCGGUUGCUUCAAACUUUUUUAGAAUUGGAAACUGUAAACAAAUUAUAUAAUCAGCAUAUUUGGGAAGAAAGUUUUCAAAUAUAAUUGUACCCAUCUGUUUAUGGGCUGUGCUAAUUUGCAGAUAAGUACAGAAACAUUUAUCUGUAACUCACCAAAAUAGAGUUAUAUUUGUGGUAUAAAUUUGUUUAAAAUUCCAGUUCUGCUGAUCAGAGCAGUUAUUAAAUGUCAAGUGAUUCCAGCACUGAUAAGCUGAA